CGGGUCUCCUUAACGCCUAUUGUUGAUGGUGCACAUAUUCUAUGAUUUGACUGUCUUUUACCAUCGCUUCUGAGCAGUUUGCCUGGACAAUUAAGCAGUGCACCACUCGUCUCAAAUCCCCUGCACUAAACGGAAGCCGGGCUGCUUUAGAGCGUAAGGCUCGAUCCAUCCCGCGUAGCGCCGCCUCCAUUCGUUUGCCGUUCACCACCCAACCUCUGCUCCCCUGUAUAUUUGCCUGGUAGGGCUGGUGUCAUUCUUUUCUGCCAGACUUCCUGCCUUUCUUUCAUCCGUUUGCUUCUUGCUCGUCGUGUUUGGACGAGCGAUGCCACCUUCAUCGCUUUCUGGUACAUGAUCGUCUUUACAUACCGUCUGCCUCUCAGGUGAUCCACCAGGCCCUCUUAGUAUGGGCCCGUCUUGUUUCUUGGUUAUAGUAGCCGAUUGCUUCGUUUAAGCAAAGUCAUGCAGAGCCCAGAUCCGAGCACCAGUUACUCGGCUUCUUGGCGCGUUCAAUCUAGUUCUUCUCGCCCAAGAGACACCUGCUCCAGCAGUGCUCAGGACCUGAACAGCCGGAGGCGGAACCCACUGGCUUGUGAGACAUGUUACAAGAGGAAGAUCAAAUGCGAAGUCGAAGGGUCUGAUACCACUUGUAUCCAAUGUAAGCGCCGCAAUGUAACGUGCAAGUUCACCACAAGAAAAGAGAAACGGGAGACUCUCAAAAGGACCCAAUAUGUGAGAACAUUAGAAGAACGAGUUAGAAGGACAGAAUCUCUGCUUAGAGCUGCUGGCCUCCUAGAUGAAGAGCUGUCGCUCCAGGACGAUUAUCUGAGUGAAGAUGAAGAGGAUCGUGAUAAGGAUGUGGAAUCCGAUGACGAGCUCAUUUCUCCAUAUUUCAGUCCUCGCGGUAGCGCCAGUAGACGCAACUCGGGACCGUCAACUUCAGAAGCUUCGACCGAUUUGGCCGAUGGACCGCCUCAGGCGUCAAGAGAGAAUGGAAAGUCACAUAUAACGCCCGUAUCUCCCAAGGACGGACUACGUACUGUUCUCAAAUCUAGCCAGCCUCAUGCUCCUCUUUUUGUCCUUGACAAUCGGGAGGAAUAUAGGUACUACGGACGAUCCUCAUCCAUGUCUAUCUUAUCACGAGAAGGACUCGAAUGGAUCAAGAGGAAAACUGGUGAGACAAAGCUUGUGAACAUCAUAUUCUCCGAUUCCACUCGCGAUAACCCAUGGGACUACUGGCGGCCGGACGUCUUCCAUGACAUUUUCACCUCAGAAGUGUUCAAGCCGCUACCUCCUCGAGCAGAGGUAUUUGCGUUAUUGCGCGAUUACUUUCGCACUGUGAAUCGGUUGUUUCCACUGUAUCAUGAAGCGACAUUUAUGCAGUUAGUAGAGUGGCAGUAUACGCAGCAGACAUGUGAUGAUGCCGCUCGAUGGGCUAGUAUCAACAUUCUACUAUCUCUGGCCUACGAAUAUCGGUUCUCCAAUUGUCAGAAAUCCGAGAAGGAUAGGGAGAGGGCAUGGCUGUACUACAAGAACGCCAUGUCGGUCUUUGUAGAGCUGUCGCUGAGAAGAACAGAUCUUCUUAGCAUACAAGCUCUUUUGGGCAUGGCUCUUUUCCUCCGAGGAAAUUCCGGAACCCAGUCCUCCUUGCCGAUCAUCACGGCUGCUGUACAAGCAUGUCAUCGCAUGGGACUACACCGCAAUAUUGCGAGGCCUCGCCUUUCCCCUACUGAACAGGAGCAGAGGCGCAGAGUGUUUUGGGUUGCAUAUAUACUUGACCAGAGUACGUGUAUACGCGCGGGGAGCAGCCCCAUCCAGAAUCAUGAGGACUUCGACGUGGACUUUCCCGCCGAUAACACGGAGGAUGCAUUUGUUCAGUCGACGCACAAUUCUUUCUUCCGUCAACUAUGUAAAAUUACCGUGAUCAAGAGUCGGAUGUAUAGCAAGCUCUACUCUACGAAAGCCCUGCAACACAAGUCGCCGGCGGUAAUCUUCCACGACAUUCGAGAACUCCACGCAGAACUCGAAGAGUGGAAGAACGCCAAUCCCUUCGAAUGUCGGUUGAAGAAAAGAGGAACAGGUCAAGACUUUCUGCUUGGUUUCGCAUCCGCUGGUCUGCAAUUCGUCUACUAUAAUACCAUGCUCAUGAUUCAUCGUCUUCCAGUUUUGCUUCACUUUGCGUCGAUGAAUCACAUCGCACAAGGACACCCUGUGCCGGAUCAUUACGGCUUGAUCUUGAGCGAGGCUAAUGCCUCUUCAGAAAUUUGCGUACAGGCGGCACGGGAUACUCUCAAACUAGUCAACAAUCUUCCGUGGGGCGAUAUUGCAUGGAUAUGGUCUCUCCUGUAUUACGUGUUUCUUGCAGUAAUGAACAUCUUCGUCAAAAUCUUGAAAGACCCUCAACAUCCUAAAGCCAAAGAAGACUUGCAGUCUCUCACCAUGGCUGCGACCUUCUUUGCAACACUUAUACCCGGCGAUGGACCUGGUCAUUAUGCUCGAUUCAUGACCAAGAUGAGUGCUAACUUUGAACGGCUUGCCCGCAACCUUCUCGAGCGGGAUCAGAAGGUCAUCAAACCCAACGACAUGAAAAGCAGUUCGUGCCAGGCCCACAAGAACGAGAACUCCACUGGAUCCAUGACCACACCAAAUCACGCUUCUCACUCUCGUCAUCGACGAACCCACCUUGAUUCCCAGUCGCGGAUUGAUCCUUCCUCGGCUACUUCAUCCUCUUCUUCAGCGUCUGCUACCAACGAUAAUACACACCACAUCUCGCCAAACAUCGAAGGUCUUCCCCAGAUCAACUCCUCCGGCUACGUUGUUCCCGACAAGUUUAGUCCGGAUAUUGAACCCGACACUUUGACCAUCUCAACCCCUCCUCUUACCACGACAUAUCCCCAACAGCCACAAGCACAAUCUUCUAAUCAAUCCGCCACACCAACUCCCCUUCACCUUGCAGGUGCCUCCCAACAGCAACCUUUCGAUCUGAAUAGUGUCAGUACCGGCUUUUUUCCCGUCUCCGUCAACUCCGACAACUUCAAUUUCGCCCAGCCAGGUCUGUGGCAGAUCCCCUUGACGGCAGACUGGGAAUUGUCGCCCCAGGCUCUAAAUGGCAUCUUUGGACUCGACUUCAAUCAUGCUGCGUCGGAGCAACCGCAAGCACAAUCGCAACCGGUAGUCGACCCCGACGCCACGCGUGCCAUGAGAACACAACCGCUGUCACAGUUCGACCAGCCGAAUUUUGGUGGGCAGGCAAUGGGCCCAACACCAAUGGAUCUGGGUCUGCCUUAUGGGCCCAACAUUGUGCCACAACCGAGUGGUACGUCUCAGGGUCAAACGGGCACUCUUGACGCAGUAGAGCAAGUCAUGCAGGCGAACGCGAUGUGGAUGAACGGCUCAUUUCCCGGCCCUUACCCAUUUCCAAUGUAGAUUUGCCGGCUGCCUGGCCUGCUGCUAAAUCAGUGCUUGCGGGCAGCAUACAAUCCUAAUAAAGAAAGAUCCUCUUCGUGCUUGUAUGUAAAUGAAGAGGGCGUGACGAAAUUAUGAUCUCUGGGACUUCGCUCAUUCUUUUUCACUGGCAUAGUCAUCGUUUAAUGGGU